CUAACUUCUGACACCCACUGGAACGGGUGGCUCGGACUUGCUUUUGGGGGGGUUUCCGAUUGAAAACUCCCACGGCCGCUCGUUCGGUUCGUCAGGUUCCCUUCCCUACCUGAUCCUUCUGCACAACACAGAACACAGACUCAAACAGACACGGCGGACACCGCGGUCAAAUCGGGAUCGGUGCCCGACCACUCGGCCAUCCUCGACGUCAGCGAGCAUGCAGCGCGUCUCGGCUCUGCUCCCCUCGUGGGACCGGUCGAGACAAACCGCCGCGGCGUCCCGAACACCCGGUGCUCUGGACAAGGUCUUUGGAUGGGCCGAGAAGAUUGUCGUGCCCGUAGGCCGGAGCUCCUCUGCCCCGACUAGCGCAACAGCCACCCGCUACGGCCGAGAGACAUAUUGGCCGACCACGCUUGACAAGGAGUGCGACAAGGCUGCCAGGAUACUCAAGUCCUUUUGCUUCGAUGGCUUCCUCUCAGAAGAGUCAGGAGAUUCCGGGCCACACACAGAAGGAGCAGCAUCGACACCGAAUUAUAUCACUAAGCAAAUACCUUCACGGAUAAUACAAAAUGCCGUCGGCCUCGCGGUCUUUUCGUGCAUGCGGUCCGGUCUCUGGAUGUCAGGGUCCGGGGGUGCUGGUCUUAUCACGGCUCGUAAGGCAGAUGGAACUUGGUCGCCGCCGUCUGCCAUAAUACUCCACACUGCUGAAUUGGGCUUUGUGAUAGGGGUUGAUAUCUACGACUGCGUCCUCGUCAUCAACAGUGUUCAAACUCUCGAGCUUUUCACACGUCCCAGGUUAACACUAGGCGUCGAGGUCAGCCUUGACGUUGGGCCGCUUGUUGCGAUGGGCUCACGGGAACCCGAGAUCAAGUGGAAAGAAAUCAACGAGACCGUCCUAACGUACGUGAAGGCUAGGGGCAAGCAUCAGGCGGUACAGCUGGACGGGUCCCUUGUCGCGGAGCGCGGCAACGAGAACGAGAGGUUUUACGGAUGCAGCGUGAGCGUCCUGGAUAUCCUUGCCGGCAACAUCCCAAAGACCAUCCCCGAAAUGCGUCCGCUGUUUGAGGUUAUCAAGGCGGCUGAGGGCCGGUCCGACUACGACAAGGCGCUGAUGAAAUGGCUAGCACAGCAGCCAGCGCCCGGCGAUGCCAUGAUCGAGACCCCGGUGCUCACCCCCGCCUCCCCCACCAAGUCGGCUUUUGGUAUGCCGGACGCUGAUGACCCUGACCCCUUUGGCGUGAUUGGCUUGGAAAUGGCGGGCAUUGAGAUCCGCGAGGCGGGUACUAAGCUACGGCCGACAAGCACACAGUUCGAAUAUCACCCCAGUCCGACAAGUCCAGCAUAUGCCCGAUUCAACCGCCAAAGCGUAGACACAUGUGUAUCGCGGAGCAAUCGCGGCAGCUGCAUGUCGGCGAAGACCCAGGCCACCGCCAUGACGGAUGCCUAUACGCAAACGGACGUGGCGAGCACUGCAACGAGCUUCAGCCGCGCCAACAGCGACGACGGGAAGGAUUGUGUCGAGAAACUUCCCACGGUAAUGGAGCCUGAGGAGGUUGACUAUACCCAGGUCGACUCGAGCAUCAUUGAGCGACUGCAGCGGCGAACGAUUGAAAUGCCUGUGACCCCCGAACAAGUGCAGGCUGUAGAGGUUAUGGAGGGUGAAAGGAGCCGGAUAGCCCCGGCAGCAAAACGCGAGGAGAAGCCCAAAUUCACCGAGGAACUCCCCAGAACCAGUGCUUCAGAUAACAAUACCAUCCCCAAGUUUACAGAUGAGCGGGAUGAAGAUGCUGUUGGUGACCCCGACGCCGACGCCGACGCCGACGCCGACGAUGAAGAGGAGGAAGAGGACGAGGAUGAUGAUGAAGAGGUCAUCAUCUGCGAGGUUGCGACUGCCUCAGCCCAGCCGACGCGAACAUCGAUUCGGUCGUCUAACUCGUCUCAACUGACGCAAGUUAUACAAGCCAAGGGAGCCAUCGUGACCAUCCCGAAGCGAAUCCCACCACCGCUGCCGCCGAGAAGUCCCGCACGAACGUCACGGGGAAGCAAGAGCGACUACGGCGACGUUUCAUCCCUGCGGAGCCCCGCCAGGAACUCGUUCCUUUCUAUUGAGUCUCACAUCGACGACUUUCAGACACCCUCGACCCCGAUCUCGAUUGAUGAGGCACUCACCCCUACCAAAACUGGCGGUCACGGAGAAAUAGGACCGGCCAAAGACGAGUUGAAUUCGCUCACAGAAAGGCCUGCCAGUCCACGGCACCAAAAGAACUCGUCAUCUGUCUGCACCGCAGUGGCGGUACGAGAAAAUUUGGAAGGGACCUUGUGGCCCCCCGUCCCGUCUGCCCCACAAACGCUCGAACCUGGCUCUUCGGCCGAGGACGAAUCAGAGCGGGAGCCCAAGACUCCGCGGACAGAAAUCGGCUUUGUUGACACCGUUGAUGGUCACGAUCGUGACGGCAAACAGCAGCAGCUUGAAAACAAUACCUAUGCCCAGAAAGGGGUUAGGAUUGCAUCAUCUACGGGGAGCGCGGAGUCUAUGGAAGCUACGGAGGGGGUGUGAAGCUCGCAACAAUGACUCAAAGAAGCGGAUGCCGGAUACCGAGGAUUUCUAUCUACGAAUACGGGACCGUUCGAGCUAGAGGGACAGCUCAAAAACGGAACGGGAACCAGGUCUAGGCUAGGUGGUCGAUUUUUUUUUUUUUUUUUCUUU